AUGGCAUCUACCAGAGCUAGCCCGGCUUGUGGGAACUGCAGAUCUAGGAGAAUCAAGGUUGGCUUCUCACUUCCACAAAAAUUCCCCAGCCUUUGCAAUCUUCUCCGGCCAAGAUGUAGCCAGUGCGCUCGAGCCGGUCUAAGCUGCACUGGUUAUAGGUCUCAGUCAGAUCUACUUUUUCGAGAUCAGACUAAGUCAACGAUUCAAAAGUUGCAUGCUUCAAGUAGCAGGGUGACCAAAACUAACAAGCAUCCCACUUGUUGGAGCCUAGUCGCUGUAGAACCCACUUUCAAUAUCGAAGAACUUGCACAGAAAGUAUUUUGGGACAACUUUGCAAUCUUGGGGGAUAGGUGUAGGCACUGGAUGGAUUCCGUUGCAGAGGACCCAUCUUCCGCCACUACCAGCCUUACCUCAGUUGGUCUCGCUGCACUUGCUGUUGUCCACAAAGAUCCUGACAUGAUGGAUUUGGCGCGAAGAAAAUACAACUUUGCGAUAAGGGUCCUUACUAAAGCAAUCAUUGGCGACCGGGACUCUGGAAUUGAACAAUCUAUCGCUGGAAGUUUUAUGUUGUCCAUCUUCGAGAUGAUAACAUGCGAUAACCACUCCUCGCCACAUGCCUGGCAAAAGCAUGUCCACGGCGCUGCUGCAUUCUUAGGCUAUUUAUGUUCUGCCAAUGGUUUACCAGCCUCACCAGUGAAGGAAAUUAUAGAGAUCUGCUACACUACAGCACUUGCGUGUCUUAUCAGUGGAAAAACGGUUCCACAUUUCUUACUAGAAUUACCAGGCCGCUUUGGAGCAGCAUCGAAUACUUCACAAGACAAUGAGGAUCCUUUGUUAUCCGCAAUGAGACUCUUUGCUAUCAUGGGCACCUUGGUGAAUAUUCGUGGAUUGGCGAACCGGUGCCUUUUCUUACCCAGUCAGCUAGUUGUACUGGCCAUAAAAACCGAUCAAGCCCUCCAAAACUGGGGAACUUCACUUCCUGCGUCAUGGAGUUAUCACAAGCUUUCUAAAGGGCCACAAUACAUUUAUCAAGACGUUUGGAAUGCUCGAAUGUGGAACUACUAUCGCCUAGCCCGCAUUCUAGCAAACAGGAUGAUCAUUGACAAUUUCAACAUCCUGUCACCCUCAAUGUUACCUUUCAAAUUACAACAUGGCCAGUCAUACUCCACCAUUUCGCUACUAUUACAGGAGAUCUACAUGAGUCUGCCUUUCAUGUUCAACUCGGAACAAAUGCCUGCUACCUCCCUCCCAAUAUCGUCAUCCCUUUUCUUCACGACCACCCUAUUGCAAUCUCUGUCGGAACUCACAGAUAGAGAUUCCCUCAUUCAAGACUGGUCAUUUCCAGCAUAUGAAGUCCUAGGAGAAAGGUUCGAUUUUACCAAGGGCAUCGUGAUGCAGAAUCUUUACUAG